AUGGCGCUGAGGAAGAGCGAGGAACGGCUCCCAGGGCGAGCGGUGGCUCUGAUUCUGCUCCUCUGCGUGUCGGGGAUGAGAGCAGAAACCGCCCGGUACUCUGUGACCGAAGAGGCGGAGAGAGGCUCCUUUGUGUCGAAUAUCGCUAAGAAUUGGGGACUGACUGGUGAGGAAUUAUCGGCUUGACAGGCUCGGCUCGUUCCUGGAGGAGUAAAGCAGUAUUUACAGCUGAACCAACACGCCGGGGAUUUGGUGAUGUGAGAGCGGAUGAACCGGGAGGAACUGUGCGGACAGAGCGAGCCCUGCCUGGUGCGUUUUGAGGUGGUGCUGGAGAGCCCACUGCAGUCCUUCUGAGCUGAGGUAAGCUUCACUGACAUAAGUGAUCAUGCUUCUGUGUUCUUAAAUAAAGAGAUAGUUCUAAAGAUCCCGGAAAGUGCAAUGCUGGAGGCUAAUUUUUUGUUGGAAAGCGCUCAGGAUCCGGAAGUGGGGAACAACAGUCUUCUGCAUUACAGUAUCCGCUCAGACGACUACUUCCAGAUCUACGCGUGGAGGUGGAGUGAUGGCAGGAGGUACACCGAGUUGGUGUUGGACUGAGCCCUGGACCGGGAGCAGCAGGCAGAAGUGGCUUUCAGUGUCAUGGCUGUGGAUGGUGGGUCUCCACCAUGCUCUAGUACAGCCUUAAUCCAUGUGGUCGUCCUGGAUAUAAAUGACAACGUCCCAGUAUUUACCCAUAGUCUGUAUAAAGUCCAAGUAUUAGAAAAUAGCACCGAGGAUACCCCAGUGGUGGUGGUGUCUGCUAAUGAUUUAGACUCAGGAACGAAUGGAGAGAUAUCCUAUUCCAUCAUUCCAAAUUCAGAGGGAAAUCACCAGACGUUUAAAAUAAAUCCAGAGGCAGGGCAGAUUCGACUCAAAAAGCCAGUGGAUUAUGAAGAAACAAAGACCUACAAGAUAGACGUCCAGGCCACAGAUGGAGGGGGCCUCUUCACGCACUGCAAGGUGGAGGUGCAAGUGGAGGAUGUGAACAACAAUGCCCCUGAGGUGAUCACUGCCUCCCUCACCAGCACCGUCUUGGAAGCUGCCCUGCCGAACACCACCGUGGCCCUCUUCAACAUGCAUGACCAGGACUCAGGGGACAACGGCAUGACGAGGUGUGAGCUGCUGGGCAAGCAGCCCUUUAGCAUCAGGCCACUGGCUGCUGAUGCAUAUGCGCUGGUGACAUCGGAGGUGCUGGACUGGGAGGAGGUGGUGGAGUACAAUGUGACAGUGUGGGCUCAUGAUGAGGGCUUCUCCGCACUCUUGGCAUCCAAGAAGCUGCUGUUACAACCCUUGGACAUGAACGACAAUCCCACAGGGACGAGCUUGGGCCGCCUGACUGCCUCAGACGCCAACAUGGGAAAAAAUGCCCACGUGAGAUACUCGAUGGGACUGGUCCCGCCGGGAGUGCCUGCUGUGGCAUCGUUCGUGUCCAUGGAUGUGGAGAGUGGAACCAUGCAGGCGCUCUGCCCACUGGACUAUGAGUAUGUGUGUGCCUUCCAGGUGGAGGUGCGGGCUGUCGACAGUGGCUCACUGCCACUCAGCACACAGGUGGUGCUACGUGUGGUGGUGCGGGAUGAGAAUGACAAUGCACCUGUUGUGCUGCACCUGCCCCCUGACAGCAGCAUGGCAGAAGGCGAGUUGGUGCCGUGCUGGGCACGGGCGGGCUACCUGGUGGCCAAGGUAGUGAUGGUGGAUGUGGACGCGGGGCAGAACGUGUGGCUGUUGCACGAGUUGGCCAAGGCGAUGGAGCUGGGGCUGUUCCAUGUGGGGCUGCACAGCAGCAAGGUGCGUAUGGCAUGGGCUGUGGCAGAGCAUGACACACCCCAGCAGAGGCCUGUUGUCCUGGUGCGAGACCGCGGGCAGCUGCCGUGCUCCGCCACAGCCACCCUCAGCAUAGCGCUGGCGGACGGCUUCUCCGACACCUUCCUCCAGCUCUCCAACGCUCAUGUGGGGAGGCAGGAGCCGCAGGCAGCCGAGGAGGACAUGCUCACUACCUAUCUCAUCACCUCCCUGGGCUACGUCUGGUUGUUCUUCGUCCUGUCUGUCCUAGCCUUUUCAGCGGACAAGAUCUGCAAGACUUGCCUCUGGGCAUGCCUUGCGACUCCCUCUGCCAGCUGCUACGCUGAUGGCGUCUUUGCCACCGGCCACACGGACAUGGCCAAGACAGACACUCUGUCGCUGGCUUACUGCUAUGAAGUGUGCCUAAGCAGGGGCUCGGAUAGGAGUGCAUUACAGUUCCUGAAGCCCGACCUGCACAGUCAGCAAAGACGUGCUGAGGCCAUGGCAGGCAAGGACGAAGAACGGCUGUGCAGCACGCAGCCUGCGGGCGAGAGGGAAGGCAACCCGGGGAGCACAGCCCCUCGUCCCGCUCAGGUGCCGGACCGGGCGUCCGGAGGGCGCGCCCACGCCUGA